AUGUUAAAUAGUCGAUCGUACUUCUUUAUUCUUAAUAGUAAGAAAACGAUCACUAAUUUAUUGAAAUUACAGUUGAGAAAAAUAGCAAUACAACCAAUGGAUGGAAUUAAAUUUGAUAAUUUAGCAUUAAGAACUCUACCGAUUGAUCCAGUUGAAGAAAAUUAUGUUCGAACUGUUUCUGGAGCAUGCUUUUCGAAAGUUAAACCAACUCCAGUUAAAAAUCCAAAACUAGUUGCCUGUUCAUUGGAUGCUCUUAAAUUAAUAGAUAUCGAUGAAGAACUAGCAAAAAAAGAGCGACAAUUAGCUGAAGUAUUCAGUGGAAAUGUUUUAUUACCAGGCAUGGAUCCUGCUGCACAUUGUUAUUGCGGUCAUCAAUUUGGCUAUUUCAGUGGUCAAUUAGGUGAUGGUGCUACAAUGUAUCUUGGUGAAGUAAUCAAUAAAAAGAAUGAACGUUGGGAAUUACAAUUUAAAGGUGCAGGAAAAACACCUUUUUCUCGAACAGCUGAUGGUCGUAAAGUUCUUCGAAGUUCUAUUCGAGAAUUUCUAUGUAGUGAAGCAAUAUUUUAUUUGGGUAUCCCAACAACACGAGCUGGUACAUGUGUUACAUCUGAUGAUUAUGUUAUACGAGAUAUAUUUUAUGAUGGUAAUCCUAAACGAGAACGAUGUACAAUUAUUACACGUAUAGCUCAAUCAUUUAUUCGAUUUGGUUCAUUUGAAAUUUUUAAAACGAUCGAUCCAAUGACUAGUCGAAAAGGUCCAUCAGUUGGACGAAUUGAUAUAUUAACAACUUUACUCAAUUAUGUUAUAUCAACAUUUUAUCCCGAAAUUCAAGAAAAACAUAAAUCAAAUGAUGAAGAUAGAUAUGCUGCUUUUUUUGAAGAAAUUGUUAAACGAACAGCAUCACUUGUUGCUCAUUGGCAAUGUGUUGGAUGGUGUCAUGGUGUAUUAAAUACUGAUAAUAUGUCUAUUAUUGGUGUUACUAUUGAUUAUGGACCAUAUGGAUUUAUGGAUCGUUAUGAUCCUGAUUUUAUUUGUAAUGGUUCAGAUGAUAGUGGCCGAUAUUCAUAUAAACAACAACCAACUAUUUGUAAAUGGAAUUGUGGAAAAUUAGCUGAAGCUUUAGCACCACUUUUACCAAUAGCAAAAUCAAGAUCAAUUUUAAAUAAAUUUGAUGAUGAAUUUGAACGUGUUUAUAUAAAUAAAAUGCGACAAAAAUUUGGUUUAAUUCAAAAACAAUUAGAAACGGAUAAAAAUUUAUUUGAAACAUUUUUUAAUACAAUGCAGGAAACUGGUGCUGAUUUUACGAAUUCGUUUCGAGCACUUUCAUUAAUUCAUUUACCAAAUACAAAAGAUUUUGAACAAUCCAUUCGUUUAUUUAUAUCAACAAUUUUAGACCAAUGUUGUGAUGCUGAAGAAUGGAAAUUUCUUAAUAAAUCAUCUGUUGACGAAAGAACAUUUGGAUUACUUCAACAACUUGCUGGUACUAAUCGUUCAUUAUUAAGUCAAUUUGGAUUUAGUCCAGAAUUACUCGAAAAUGAAAGUAUCAAAAGAGAAAAAGCUAAAGAAUUAGAAAAAAUGACAAAUGAAUCCAAACGAAAAGAUGAUGAAAAAGCAUGGCGUACAUUUUUAGCAAUGUAUAUUGAUAGAUUGAAGAGAGAAAUCGAUGGUGAUGUAGAGAAACUAAAUGUGGAAAGAGUACGAAUCAUGAAACAAAAUAAUCCACGAAUGGUUUUAAGAAAUUAUCUUGCUCAACGGGCAAUUGAUCAAGCUGAGAAAGAUGAUUAUUCUGAAGUACGUACUCUACUUGAAGAACUUAAACAUCCAUAUGAUGGUAGUGAUCAAGAUACAAUCCAGUUGCCAAAACCAGAUGAAACAACAACUGGAGCAGAAGCACUACCACCGACAACAGACACGUCACAGAAACAUGCUACUGGUGCUUGUUUAAAACCUACAAUCUAUGAAUCGAAAGCACCAUCAACUGCUUCUCGUAUUCGUGUUACCUGA